AUGGCACACUACCCCACAAGGCUGAAGACCAGACAGACUUAUUCAUGGGUUGGCAGGCCAUUGUUGGAUCGAAAACUGCACCGCCAAACCUACAAAGAAAUGUGUGUGAAAAUAGAAGGGUGCUCAAGGGAGAUUCACAUCCAGGUUGGACAGUUUGUGUUGAUUGAAGGGAAUGAUGCUGAGAACCCUUAUGUUGCAAAAUUGCUUGAGUUGUUUGAAGAUGAUUCUGAUCCUAAGUCUAAGAAAAUGGCUCGAGUACAGUGGUUUGUCCGAUUCUGUGAAAUCCCUUUCGGUAAACAGCAUUUGUUGGGCCGGAAGCCUGCUGCACAGGAAGUAUUCUUGUAUGAUUACCCUGCCUGUGACGACAACAUUAACGCCGAGACUAUCAUUGGCCCUGUUCGGGUAGUAGCUUUAGCCGCAGAUGAAGUAAUUCCUGUGGAUCUGAAAAAUGAGAAGACAUUCUUUGUGAAGCUGUCUUGGGAUAAAAAGAAGUUCAGACCACUGCCCCCAGAACUAUUUGCCGAGUUGGAUAAAUCACUGGAAGGCAGUGCCAAGUGCCAGAAGCCUGUGAGAGCCAAGACUAAGAGCACAGAAAGCCCUUCUUGGACCCUAACAGAACACGUGGUCAAAAGAAUUGAAUCAAGGCAUUCCACCUCCAAAUCUCGCCAAACUCCUACCCAUCCUGUCACCCCAAGGGCGAGGAAGAGGCUAGAGCUUGGCAGUUUCCCUGGGACACCUAAUACUAGGAUGUCCCAGAAAACUUCAUGUUCCUCCUUGAAUUCUCCAGGAAGAACUAAACGGAAAAUAGCCUUCUCCGAGAUCACCUCGGCCAAGAAGUCUCAGCCUGAUAAACUUAAAACCUUGUCUCCAGUUCCAAAAGCUCCAGAGAAAACUGGACAGAUUCGACUCUCUUGUACUGAGGAUAACAAGAAAGCAUCACCUGAACGUCACAUGGUCCUGAGAACCCGAACUCCAGCUUUGAAAACUACAGAGUUUAGUGAGGAGAGAACACUUACCCCUAUCAGGGGGGGACAGAAAUCCUCAGUGGUGCCUUUUGUGGUUCUGAAACCAGAAAACAAAAAGAGAGAUGCAAAAGAGCCAGAAGUUCAAAAUGAAGUUACCUCCACUCCCCACCGAAUUCGCAGAAAGAGUUCUGUCUUGAGUUUGAAUCGAAUUAAGCAGCAGCUUCGGUUUCUAGGUAAUAGUAAAGAUGACCAAGAAGAGGAAGAGUUUUUGCCAACAGCAGAGAUUCCAGACUCUAUCAAUGAGGAGGAAGAGGCUUUCACACCACUCCUUCCAAGAAGUAAACACAGAAGUGUGUCCAGGAACCUACGCUCUUCCUUGAAACCAUCCUCUCAGACCCUUUCCAACACACCAAAGAAAGCUCCCAAGCCUAGAACACCACGUUGUGCCACUCCUCAGAUCCGUAGCCGAAACCUGGCUGCCCAGGAACCAGCCAAUGUGCUGGAGAAAGCCCGGCUGAGGUUGCAUGUUUCUGCUGUGCCUGAGUCUCUUCCCUGUCGGGAACAGGAAUUCCAAGACAUCUACAACUUUGUGGAAAGCAAACUCCUUGACCAUACUGGAGGGUGCAUGUACAUUUCUGGUGUCCCUGGGACAGGAAAGACUGCCACUGUGCAUGAGGUGGUACGCUGCCUGCAACAGGCAGCCCAAGCAAAUGAUGUUCCUCCCUUUCAAUUCAUUGAGGUCAAUGGCAUGAAGCUGACAGAGCCCCACCAAGUCUAUGUGCAAAUAUUGCAGAAACUAACAGGCCAAAAGGCAACAGCUAGCCAUGCGGCAGAACUGCUAGCAAAGCGAUUUUGCACCCGAGGGUCCUCUCAGGAAGCCACUGUCCUACUUGUGGAUGAGCUUGACCUUCUGUGGACUCACAAACAAGAUGUAAUGUACAAUCUCUUUGACUGGCCCACUCACAAGGAGGCCUGGCUUGUGGUCCUGACCAUUGCCAACACAAUGGACCUGCCAGAGCGAAUCAUGAUGAACCGAGUGUCAAGCCGACUGGGUCUUACCAGGAUGUCCUUCCAGCCCUACACUCACAGCCAGCUGCAGCUGAUCCUGGGGUCCCGACUCAAACGUUUAAAGGCCUUUGAAGAUGAUGCCAUCCAGUUGGUAGCCAGGAAGGUAGCAGCCCUCUCUGGAGAUGCACGACGUUGCCUGGACAUUUGUAGGCGUGCCACAGAGAUCUGUGAGUUCUCGCACCAGAAGCCCAACUCCUCUGGCCUGGUCACCGUAGCCCACUUGAUGAAAGCUGUGGAUGAGAUGUUUUCAUCAUCAUACGUCAUGGCCAUCAAAAAUUCCUCCGUUCUGGAACAGGGCUUCCUGAGAGCCAUCCUUGCAGAAUUCCAUCGGUCAGGACUGGAGGAAGCAACAUUUCAACAGAUAUACAGUCAACAUGUGGCGCUGUGCAGAAUGGAGGGGCUGCCGUACCCCACCAUGUCAGAGACCAUGGCUGUGUGUUCUCAGCUGGGCUCCUGCCGCCUCCUGCUCGUGGAGCCCAGCAGGAACGACCUGCUGCUGCGUGUGCGGCUCAACGUCAGCCAAGAUGAUGUGCUGUUCGCGCUGAAAGAAGAGUGAAGCAGCGCCACGUGGGAGGAUGGCGGUCUGCUGUUUUUAAAGAGGCUGAUUUCUUUUUAAGCACAUGGAAUGAUUGUAGCAAAGUAUAUUGGAUGGAAACGGCUAUCACGUAAUUUGCAGUUUUCUAUUAAAUAAUUUGCUUUUUCCGAG